AUGUCAUCAGAAGAGCCAUUCUUCACUCCCGGCCGGAAUUCGUGGGCAACCGGCGGCUCCGCGACGCGCACGAAAACCGAAUGCUAUCCAGUCCUCCAGCCUCUCUUCCUCGGAACCUCUUCCUCGCUGGCCAAGCCUUCCUCGCCAUCGUCCGAACGAGUCUUGUUGGAAGUUGCCGCCGGAUUUGGUGAGCAUGUCGCGUACUUUGCCGAGAAUACACCGACCGUCAAGUUCCAGCCUACAGAGGCACAAAACGAAUGCGUCGCGGGAAUUGCGGAUCAUGCUGCGACUGCGGUUCAUAAGAACAUUCUUCCUCCUCAGCAUCUGAAUGUACUGGCUCCAGCGCAGUGGGACGCCGUCUUGAAAGCGUCCGGACCGUUUGACGGUAUCUACAUGUUCAACAUGCUUCAUAUCUCACCAUGGGAGAGCACCGUCUUUUUGUUUGAGCAGGCACAGAAAGUUCUCAAGAAAUCCGAUACACCCGGUACUGCCUUCCUUGCCGUUUACGGCACUUUUAAGAGAAAUGGCGAGUUCUCUGGAGAAGGUGACCGACUAUUCGAUCUUGACCUGAAAAGACGAGAUGAACGGUGGGGAAUCAGAGAUCUCGAGAGCCAAAUAUUCCCAGAGGCCGAAAAGAACGGGUUCAAGUUGAAAGAACGACAUGAGAUGAACUACAACAAUCUUUUACUCGUCUGGACUCUGUGA